AUGAAUCGUAGCGAGGGGCUCGUUCGACGUGUAAAAAAUCGCAGUGAAAAUUCAGGAACUUCCGAGCAGGGCGCAGCCAAUUCGUCGUCACACAGCAAUGAGGAUGAGCUGAACGACAAUGAGGAUGAUGUGGAUUGUGAUUCCAAGGAGACGAGAUUAACACUCAUGGAGGAAGUCCUCUUGCUCGGACUCAAAGACAAAGAGGGCUACACAUCAUUCUGGAAUGAUUGUAUUUCGAGUGGCCUACGGGGGUGUAUCCUCAUUGAGCUGGGUAUCCGUGGACGUGUGGAGUUGGAACGCGCUGGAAUGCGUCGGAAGGGGCUCUGCUCGCGGAAACUCUGCCUGAAGUCCGACACACCCACGGGGGAUGUGCUCCUCGAUGAGGCACUGAAGCACAUCAAGGAAACAGACCCACCGGAAACGGUGCAAAGUUGGAUUGAGUACCUCAGCGGUGAAACGUGGAAUCCGCUAAAGUUGAGGUAUCAACUCAAAAAUGUACGAGAGCGUCUUGCGAAGAAUUUGGUGGAGAAGGGUGUCCUCACCACGGAAAAGCAAAACUUCCUCCUCUUUGACAUGACCACGCAUCCGCUCAGUGAUAAUGUUAUUAAAUGCAGACUCGUAAAGAAGAUUCAAGAUGCAGUUCUUUCAAAGUGGGUCAAUGAUCCACAACGCAUGGACAAGAGGAUGCUUUCUCUCAUCUAUUUGGCACAAGCCAGUGAUGUCCUGGAGAAUGCCUUCUCGCCACUCAACGACGAUGACUACGAAGUGGCCAUGAGGCGCGUCCGGGAGUUGCUGGAUUUGGAUUUUGAGGCGGAAGCCGCCAAAGCGAACGCCAACGAAGUGAUUUGGGCAGUUUUUGCAGCAUUCACGAAAUAAUACACGGAGUUUCAUUUGCACGUUGAACGGAAGACAAACACAGAGUAAAACAACACAAAAUGCCAGCAUAAUUUAUAAUAGAAUGGAGGAAUUCUCUGUGAAGCGUUUGGAGGAAACUUUCCGAGGGGAUGAUGUGCGGUAGAUUCCGCUGGAGGAGUGUUACUAGAAUAUAUGUAUACAUUUAUUAAAUUUAAAUCAAUACUAUCAAUCUACUUACAUGCGAGAAAUCAUCUCAAAUUCCCUUUUUAUCUGGUCUCUUGUAUACUAAAAAAAACAAAAAAUCCAUCAUCAGAAAGAUAUUCUUUUUUUUCUUUUUUAGUUUUGAGCCAAGUUAAAAGAGUAUUUCUUGUGGGCAGAAUAAGCAAGUUUUAUUUUUAAAAACAGAAUUUAUAUUAUACAUAGUUUAGUGACAUUUUCAAUAAAAAAUCUCACGAAA